CGUGAAACUCAAUCGAUUUUUCGCGUAUGUACUUACUUUCCUUUUUCAGUGGACAACAGGCAGUCUGUUAGAGGUGUCCGUGAUUUUGGUGAAUAAUCAUUUUCAGAGCUAUACAGAAUGCGGCUAAUUAUCGUUGGGAUAUUGCUGGGCCUGGUUUACAGUUGCAGUGCGACCAUUAGUGGACCCUUUCUCUUCUGGGGCCACGACAAGGUGUCCACCUUAAAAACCCAGGCGCUAGUUGAGGCCGGCAGCAGGGAGGAGUCGUUGACGCAAUUGUUUGGUGAGGCUAAGGCCAUUGUAGUUUUCAUGAGGAACACCACAAGUCGCUUGGAGGGCAUUAAGUACCCUAGGUUCCAGAAUCUGGUGAAGAGUUGCACUUGGACCUAUUUACCAGAGCGCAGCCUGGCGACCGAGCCUUUUGGUCGUAAUGCCAAAAUUGAGGUCAUAAGCUUGUCUGGUCACGGGGAAGACGACGACGCUGAGAUUGUGACGGCCUACAAUGACGCUUUGAGGAUCUAUGGCGAUGGUGAGGUUCUUGGAAUCCUAGCCAGUCGCGAGGAGGAGGCACAUUUCCUCGCCAAACGUGAGACUGCCGAGGAAGAAUCCGAAAAGACAGCUGAGGGAACUCCUACUGACUCUGCCGAGGAGAUAGAGGCCAGCUUCAUUUACGUAGCCGAAGGAAACAAAGCGGUUCUCUCUUUGAACGGUCCGCCAGAGCUGCUGCUUACCAACGAGACAUUGCGCCUGGAGGAGCACAUUAAGCAGAUAACUUUCGACGACCAGCAUGCCAAGGGCUACGGUCGCCUUAGCAUAACAUUUAUGCACAGCGGCGAGAAGUGCACGCUCCGCUUUAAGUUCACGCUGGCGCGUGGCACGUGGACACUACGAAACGUCGAGGUGGAGUACAGGGAACUCAAGAGCGUACUCUUAGCACGCGGCGACGAGUACACUCUUCCCUCGGCACCUCUGGGCUUCUCCUAUCGCUGCUCCGCCAACGAUUUGAGCUUUGUCAACCCUAACAAAAACGAGAGCCUACAGAACCUCAUCCUGUCCGACUUCCAGGUGCAACCCUGGCUCAACGGGCGAAAGGAGUUCGGCGAGGUCUACGAUUGCGUUGGCUUCGUCUCGGCGCCUAUCCUGUCGGGUCUCUUUGUAGUUACUCUUCUGCUCGGCAUCCUAGGCCUCGGGAUCUCCGCCAUGCUCAGCAUGCACACCCCAAACCGAUUCGAGAGCUCGCGUAGCAAGCAGUUGACCUUUACGGUUCAGGAGUAGGCACUCUUCUUAUUCAACAUUAAAAAUAGUUUAAUUUUUGCGCGCUGCAAAAUGUUUGUUUUGAUCACUUACAUGGCUGCCAACCCAUUGGCGUUAUUCACCUUGGCCAUUGAGCUGUUUCUUAUACAUCUGCUUUUUGUGCUGGUCGUGCUCUACGUCUAUGUUCUUUGGUAUUACUAAAACCUAAAAUGAAGUUAAUUAAAAACAUUCUGACUAAAUCAAGAUAUAUGCUUAAUAGCGAAAUUCCACUGAGAUUUUUCCUUAAUUACUCUUACACUAAAAAUCAAAUUACGUAAUUAUAUCUUAUCUGGCCAUAAUAUAUGUUGGCGCUAUUUACGUAUAACUAUGUACAAAUAUAUCCGCAUUUCGACCCUA